AUGAUGACUCCACCAGAUGGCUCAGUUGUGUUCGUGUACUGGGAUAAGAAGAUCCUGAUCCUCCAUCACUCCUCAUCUCUGCAUGAGGUGGCACUGAACUUCUCACAUAAGGAGGAAGUCCCAGGGUCAGAAGUCACUCUGAACCUUAAGGCUGCUACAGGGUCCCUGUGCUCUGUUCAAGCUGUUGAGGAGAGUGUACUCCUUUUGGAGAACCAUACCCUGACAGCAACGACUCUGUAUGAACAGAUAUUUGAUGACAGUUUUAUAAUUGGAGGUCGAGGGUUCCCUUAUCACUUGGAAGACUUUGAGGCAUACCCUUGCUUGCCUCUGCAAUCCAGUCUCCAAAAGAAAAAGACCUGUAUGGGAGCACCGUGGUACCAAAGUGAUGCUGAUGUCUUUAAUUUAUUUAAGCUAUUGCGCAUGAAAAUAUUAACCAACACUAAAAUCAAGAAACCAGUUUCCUGUAUGCAAAGAGGUUUUGAGAAAAAGAUGUAUUCUAGCAGGGACAAUAUUGCUGGUGAGGAAUGGACAUACCCAUCUCCUUGA